AUCAACAAAAUUUGAUUUCCUUUCCAUUUCCACCCCAACUAUUUCCCCUCCUUCAACCCCACGGAGAAGCGAAACUGACCUUUCCCCCUCCCUGCAUCCCACCUCGCGGAGAUCUAGUCCUAGGGUUUCGCCAGCGGCGAGGCCUAAGUCAUCGGCGGCGAGCCAAACUCCACGAGCGGGGAAAGAGGGGGAAGCAGAGACGAAGGUAGACAUGGGGCAGCAGUCGCUGAUCUACGCGUUCGUGGCCCGUGGCACGGUCAUACUGGCCGAGUACACGGAGUUCACCGGCAACUUCACCACCAUCGCCUCCCAGUGCCUCAUGAAGCUCCCCGCAAGCAACAACAAGUUCACCUACAACUGCGAUGGCCACACCUUCAAUUACCUCGUGGAAGACGGAUUCACAUACUGUGUUGUUGCUGUUGAAUCAGUGGGGCAACAAAUUCCCAUUGCUUUCAUGGAUAGGGUUAAGGAGGAUUUCACAAAAAGGUAUGGUGGUGGGAAAGCUGCUACUGCUGCAGCUAACAGCCUCAACCGAGAGUUCGGAUCAAAACUUAAAGAGCACAUGCAGUAUUGUGUGGAUCACCCUGAAGAGGUUAGCAAGCUGGCCAAAGUGAAGGCACAGGUUUCAGAAGUCAAGGGUGUUAUGAUGGAGAACAUUGAAAAGGUUCUAGAUCGUGGAGAGAAGAUUGAGCUGCUUGUUGACAAGACCGAGAAUUUGCGCUCACAGGCACAAGAUUUCAGGCAGCAAGGAACAAAUGUGAGGAGAAAGAUGUGGUUACAGAACAUGAAAAUCAAGCUUAUCGUCCUGGGAAUAAUAAUUGCACUUAUUCUGAUCAUUAUCCUCUCUGUCUGUCACGGUUUCAAGUGCCAUUAAGCGCAGACCAGAAUACUGAUACAUUCAACUGCACCUAUUAUACUGCUGCUUGGAGCAAGAAAAAGUAUGAUCUUUUGUUCUUUCGCUAGUGUGCUCUGGCCCGGUCAUUGUGCACAGGUGUUCUACAUUGUCUUUGAUAAAUGUUGGAUGGUGACUGGGUUAGCUGUGUCAACUGUCAAAACUGUCGUGUAUUUUUGGACGCUAUGUAUGUAUAGCCUGGAUAUGAGUAGACUUACUAAACUUCUCCAGUUGUGACUCAGGAGUCUGCUCCUCUGGACAAUAAUGUGCAUCUUGCAUUGACCUCGUUUAGUGCAAAACUGCAAUUUGGAAAAUAUGGGCACGUAAUCGAUUUUCAAA